AUGUCCGUUCCCAGUCUGGAGCUCGAUGCGAAUGAGUCCCUGUACAGGGGUCUUCUCCGGGGUUUGCUUUAUCCUCUGGGUCACCCCAGUGUGGAGAUCGGACUGCGGCCUGCCGACCUCAUCAAUCAUGUCAGAGAGGUGUUUGACAUUGAUAGGGAUGAUCAUGAGUAUUUUGUUAGUGAAGAACUACAGAAUAGGCCCCAAAAAUUUCAAGUCAAUGUCACCCUGUUGGAAGCCAAGAAGACGAACAUAUCCAGUAAGUCUAAAAACACUAACAAGCGACGAAGAGCUAAGCUAAAGCGAUCCUCUCGGUCACAAGACAGCCACCCUGCUAAAAUUAGCAAAACAGAACUGGGCAAAACCACUCAUUGGACAGAACUGGACUUUAAUCAAUUUGAAUCUCUAUCACAAGGCCAAGUUGAAGGUGAAGGCCAGCGUAAUGGUGGUGGGAAAAUAGUCCACACUGAACUUUUUGAAACAUCUGAAAAUAAAAAUGGCUCGGUUCCCCCCAAUAUUUCCACAUACUGUCUGCUGACAGUGUGUAAACCUUACAGAUCUAGAGGAUCACCAAGAUCUUCUCCAAAGACGUCGCCAAAGAUGUCACCAAAGGUGUCGCCAAAGUCUUCACCCAAACAGUCGCCAAAAGCAUCUCCCAAAAAUAGUCCCAAAUAUAGUCCCGUUUUGCAGAACUCAUCAAGAUACGAAGAAGACGUUCAGAGAUCACAGGCCGUAAAAGGCUUGCUGUCAUCCAAAUGGAAUGAAGAAUUUGUUUUGGAAGUGGAGGACAUAGUGUCCGAUGAACUGCACAUCUGUCUGUGUGAUGAGGAGCAAGCCUACUCGACAGACAAACAAGCUGACAAGACUAACAAGCUGAAAAGUUUCUUUAAAAGUAUCUUGAACACUUCAACUGACAAUGAAUGUCCUAUUCCCGGAUGUAUCGGCAGAGUUGUUGUUCCAAUCAGAGAUAUUCCCAAUCAAGGAUGUGACAGGUGGUUUGAUGUGUUUUCAUUUGGCAGUGUGUCCAGUCGAACCAAACCAGUUGGUCAAUGUCAGCUCAAAUUGGCACUGUCCUACAAACAGGAUGUUGCAUCAAUGUUCACACAUGAGGAGUAUUAUCAAGCCUCAAUGUAUGUUUACAAACAUGCAGACAAGUGUGCAAAGGAAUCGGAUGCUAAUGAAAUUAACUUGUCUACAAGCAGCAGACGGUUGUUGGAUAUUUUUGCUGUCUCCAAUCGAAUAUCAAAACUGUCACAGAAUAUUUUAGACUUGACAGUGCUGCUUGAGUUGGCAGAAACUUGUGAAAAUGAAGUUGGUAAAAUCACUGACAGGGUGCUGCACAAGAUGGUGGAGGAUGUACAGAUGACCUGGUUGUCACGCCACCUGGUGGACAAGACACUGCUGGAGAAAAUGCCACUUUCUGACAUUGAGGUGAGCCUGUUCUGUAAAGCCAGUAAGAAGUACAUCAAGUCUCUCACUGACAAAGUGGACAACUUGCCAGGUCUCUUCCCACCAUCAGCCGAGAGUCUUAUGAUUGUCAAAGGUUCUUUAGGUGUUGCAAUUCACCUAUCAGAACUUGACAUAUGGAAUACAUCAUUCAACCCACAGAAAGAACUUGCUGACCAGCUGCUUAAGAAACUGCAGGUGGACAUUGAGUUAUGGCUGACGGAAAUGCUGGAUUCAAUAAAAAUCCACAACAAAGUGAAGGACUCGGUGAUUCCGAGAACGGAGAAGCUGUCCGAGGUGAUUGCCUCGUUCGUGUCUCACUGCAGCCCGCUCGGCAUCAUCAAACAGUUCUACGACAUGAUCGGAGUCAACUACUACAGGGUGGUCGCCUUCAACACCGAUAGAAAGGUGACCUCGAUUACACGUGCUCUGAUGAUCGAGAUGGACAAGUAUCAGCUGCGUUAUCACAGGUUCACUGUCAACAUCACUAAGAGUAGUCGCCUCACGCUCAGCCUCUACUUCUCAUUACGAAACUUGUACAAGCUCAUUCGUGAUGGACUCACGGAUAGGGACAUGUUCCGUUUGACUAUUAGUCAGUAUCAGUCAUGGUUCCAGAACUCACUGGUGUUUUGGAUAAUGACCUUCAAGACUGAAUGCACGUCUCGGAUGGAGAAGGCACUAGAAAUUGACAAGGAUAUGGUUGUUGUGACGUCUUUGGUCAAAUUUUCUAAUUCAUCAGUGGAUGUGCUUUCAUGUUUUGCAGUGAUAAUUGAAGAAUGGAACCGAAUAGGAUUUAAUGACCCAGAUUCCACCAUCAUGGGAAUCACAAAGAUAACAGAUCUGAUAUGUGAUGGAAUCCGACUGUACGUUGAAAAGAUUCAUUGUAUUUUAGAGAGAAACUGUUACUAUGAUUCAAAUGAGGCACAGUUUGAUGUCACAGACCGGGUGUGCAUUACACUCAACAACAUAGAGCAUGUGCGAAAGUACCUCAGUGAGUUACCCGAGCACCUACACUGGAACGAUGUUACCGAGCUUAUGUCCGUGUCGCAUGAAGACGAAAACAUCGGCAAGAAGUCGCUGGUCACCCUGAACCGUCUGAUCAGCACCACCCAGCAGGACAUCCUGUUCAAGAGCUCCUUCCUCCUACAGGAGAUAGCCUUCAGGAUGAAAGUCAAUAUUCAGAAACAGAUGGAGACCUUUGUCUUAAAGGCACCAGAAAAAGUAUCGUCUGUGGAUGAUACACUUGAGUACUUGUCGACCAAUUUACGAACUCUUCAAGACCGACUGUCGUCCACCAUUUACCCAAACAUGGUGGAGCAUCUCUGGGGCGUCAUGCUGCUGCUGCUUGAAGACAACAUGAUGAUUGGUAGACCCAUUGAGUACUAUGAGUACAUGCAAAAGCACUUGCACUCACUGUCGUCGUUUUUCGUGAACUGUGGUCUACCCGAGACGAAGAAACACUCGUUUAACUACAGUGACCUGGUACUCAGAUUGGACGACAACUGUCUCACAACAGAAAAACUCAUGCUGCAGUAUUUCAAGGAUCUAGCAGAUCAACCGGACACACCAACAGAAUAUUUGGGUCAUCUUGCAGUGAAAGUUGCAUUUGUGGAGGAAACUAGAGAAAUGGUCUCUAUAUAUAUCAAAGUGAUGCAAGCAAGAGAUCUUCCAGGGCUUGACCCCUCAGGGCUGAGUGACCCCUAUGUGGUAGUAAGUCUGCAGCCACACAGCAUGUUUGAGGCAAUAAAACCUCAGAAGACAAAAGUCGUGGAGAAAACAUUGCAGCCAGUUUUCAAUGCAACAUUUACAUUUACCGGUAUUCCCAAAGAAUACCUGGCCAUACCAGGAACAACAAUACUGCUGUCUGUGCUGGACUACGACUGCAUCACUUCCGAUGACUUCGCUGGUGAAGUCCUUGUCCACCUGAACUCCAUCGCGGCAAUCACCUCCAAGCAGGACAUCGACAAAGUACCCGUUGUGAUAAUGCCACUCAAGAGACCAGCAUGCAAGAUGGAACGGGCUUUUAAGGUUCUACAGGAGCGGUGUGUUUGGGACAAGGCAGCCAAGACUUUCGUUGCAGCAAGACGGAACUUCAUCCAGAAUCAGCCGAAGAGAACAGACAAGCCAUUCAAAAAAAAAAGCACACUGACAAAUGUGUUUGCAUUUUUUGGAAUAAACAAAAACCACACCAAGAACCAAGAAUAAGAAGUAUUCAAAGAUUAAAAAUAACAUUUGGAUAAAACAAAUCUGAAAAGUGUUGC